AUGUUCACACCUCCCAAUCCAGGUCUACCAGAGACAUACUCCCCUUCCCCCUUUCCUCCUGUAUCAAGAAGACACCCCGGUCGUCUCCCAGCUAGAUCAUCCCUCUCCAAUUCCUUCUCUCUCGCUCCUACAUCCCUCCUCGAUCCGGAAGAAGGUGAUUCGGUAUCUUUCUCUUUCUCCUAUCCCACCAGACGUGCUUUAUCCAGCGCAGCCUUGAGCCAUGCGGCCGAGCAAGGAAAUAAGGGUAUGGCUCAAGUAUCUCCACGUCUCAAACCUAUUACUCGGAACGCAAGACAAACCAUCGUUCAGGACAAACAUACAAGAGUGAGGUCCAGACUGGUCCAUGAGAUCAAUGAUAAGGAUAAGGGAAAGGGGAAAGGUGUAGUGGAUGAAGACGAUGGGGAGGAAAGGACUUGGAGUAUGGUGGAUUCUAUGAGACUUUGGAGACAUGAUGCUAUCAUGCAACAUUUGUAUGAAACGGCUUCUUUUUGGGGUGAUAAGAUAUUGUCUUGGACAGCCGACCCAAAUGACGCAUUCUGGCUGGCACAAACUCAUUUCUUAACGGGUCAUUACCUCCGAGCCGAACGUCUUCUCACUUCACCUCUUCCAUCUCGACCCAAGCUUCCACCAAGAGAACCACUCAGUGAUGUGGAUAUGAAUGGUUCUUCUAAUUCCACCAAACAAGGAGUCAAUGGAAGAAGUAAAGAACGGAUUAUGAGUUUGUCGCAAGAGGAUAUGACGGGAAAUAUGAAUGGACAUGGGACUUAUGAAAAGGUUGGGGAGGAGAAGAGAGAGAGAUUAGUAGAUGAGAGUUUAGCUUGUAGGUAUCUGGCAGCACAGUGUUUGGUCCAUCAAGAGAAAUAUCACGAAGCUUUAGAGUUACUGGGAGAAUCUAAUCCUUUCAAAACUGUUUCAUCUGAACACAACGGUCCAGUGGAGGGUAUCAAGCUCCACUCAUCCAUAUGUCAUCUCCGGGGUUUACUUCACCUUCGACUAUCUUCCCUCUCAUUAGCUAAAGAAAGUUUCGUAGAAGCUCUCAUACUCGACGUGAAGAACUACGACGCUUUUCGAGAAUUAAUAGAAGGUGGUAUGAUGCCAGCUGAAGAAGAAUGGGAGUUUGUCAAUGGUUUGGGAUAUAGAAAUCAGUUGACAGAGGAAGAAGCGGAUUUUGUCAAGCUGAUGUAUGUGACAAAGUUGAAAAAGGGAGUACACGUUCAAGAAAUCGCAAAAGCCAGAACGGAAUUAAGUACGACUUAUGCCUUGGGAAACAAUUGUGAUGUUCUCGUGGGAUUGGCAGAUGAGUUAUAUGCGAGAUACAAAUGGGAAGAUUGUUUUGUUGUCACAACGAAAAUCUUAUCCCGCAUGCCAGGUCACCCGACAGCCCUCCCUCUCCAUCUAGCAUGUAUGCACCACAUUCAUCGUCUUCGUUCUUCGUUGUUCAUACUCGCACAUGAUCUAGUAGAACAGGAUCCAGCGGCUGCUACCACUUGGUAUGCUGUGGGAUUAUGGUAUUUCUCUGGGAAACGAUGGGCCGAAGCCAGGAGGUAUUUCAGUAAAGCAAACCUUAUAGAUUCACGUUUCGCUCCUGCUUGGAUAGCAUUCGCUCAUUCUUUUGCAUAUGAAGGAGAACAUGAUCAUGCCAUUACUGCAUAUUCCACUUCGGCGAGGUUGUUCCAAGGAUCUCACCUUCCCCUUUUAUUCAUAGGGAUGGAACACCUCCAACUGGCCGCAUCGACCCUGGCGGAAGAAUACCUUCGAGCGGCUGAAAAACUCGAUCCUUCCGAUCCUUUGUUGUUGAAUGAAUUAGGUGUGGUGGCUUAUAACAAAGAAGAAUAUCCCCUAGCUGUAAACUAUUUCAAACGCGCUAUUCAAAUGGCGAAGGAGAUGCAAGGUGUGGCAUCUGUAUGGGCAGCUACACAUUGUAAUCUCGGUCAUGCGUAUAGGUGUAUGGGCCAACUCACCCUCGCCGCCACCUCAUACGCUCAUUCCCUCCAACUUGACCCUCUAUCCCCUACCGCCUUAGCCUCUCUGGCCAUGGUAGCGCAUCACGAAGGUGAUAUUCGUCGUGCUAUUCAACUAUACCACCAGGCAUUAAGUCUAGGACCUCAAGAUCCAAUGGCUACUGUUCUGUUGGAGAUGGCGUUGAAAGAACAGAUGGAAACUUUAGAUCCUAGUACUAUACCUGGAUUACCACCCGGUUUAGGAAAUGGUAGUGAUUUGUUGGGUUUUGCGAAAGGAAAUACAAACAAUUUAGUCUUGUCGGAAAACACAAACGUCCACCACCCAGCAGGUCAAUCAACGACUUCCACGCCUCUCGCCACCCGUCGGACGGAAGAUUCGAGAGAAGAGUACGAGUACGUAGAUGAGGGGAGUACGAUGGAUAUAGAAGAAGAUUGA